AUGGCAGCGCAGCCAGCCGCCCUCGACCUCUCAAAUCUAGUCUUCCCAUUGCCACCUUUCUUUGGUGACACCCGAGACGCCGACGUGGCGUUCCAAUUCUCUGCAGAGCUACGUCGCGCGGGCGUCAUCUAUGAGGACUUUCCCAAUGCGGCAGGGAAGAUCAUCCGCAUUUGGGCAAUUCUCUUGCAUGGUGAUGCAAAAGCGUGGUGGACAAAUUUGCCAGCUGCAGUUGACAAGUCGGACAUCACGGUGGUUGCGGAUGCAUUCGAUGCACACUGGCCGGAGCCAAACGUCCAAGCCAAGACGCAAGCGGAACGCCUUGCCGAAUUCGAAGCAGUCGUCAUCAGCGACGAAGAUGUGGGCAGGAGACAUGUCGAUUCCCUCGGGCGCGAGUGCGCAAAGCAUGUGUUUCUGUUGGAGGACAUGCGCAAGAAAGCGAUUGCGGCCACACCAGAUGGGAAGGAGACGACAGCUGCAAUGCUUGUCCCAGCUGCACUCAAGGCAAUGCCACCACGUCUCGUCGCUGCAUUGGGCGACACUUGGUCACGGGGCAUCAAGACGUGGGCGGACCUGAUCAAGGAAGCAAACGCUUUAACACCGACAAGGAUUGCCCAGGUCAUAGAGCAGGAGCACGCACGGAAGACGCUCGAGGAUCGUAUUGCAGCCAUGGAAAUUACUCGCACUGCGGCAACGAAGACGACAGUGCAAGCCACGCCAGCACCAACACCCUCACCAUUUGCUACACCUACGAACACAUUCGCUACGCGCCAACUCUAUACUAGCCGCCUCCGCCAGCCACUGGGAUCGUUCCCCCCACCUGGACGAACCCAGACCCAUGCUGCACCUUUUGACCCUGCUGGCGAAGUUGCUCCACACAAUACCAAGGACAUCAAGCUCACCUUUGCAGACACACCGGAGGGAUGGCGGGAGUAUGACAAGUCAAAGAGUGAUUGGGACGACAAGUGGCACCUUGGACACCCCAAAAUCCUACCUCGAGAGGUACCUUUUUGGGGCCCAAACAAGGUACCUCAGUGGUAG